AUGGUAGCAGUCCAGGCAGUCAUCCUAGGGUUCACAGCCAGCAACUGCAUAGUCUUCAGCCAAUAUGUCCUGUUCGCCUUAGACAUCGAUGCAACAGACUUUGUUAGGAAAGCACUUGCCGUCGGGCUCCUGACUGCCAUCACGAUCGUCCAUGCAUGUCUACCCAAGACCGGCGUUGUUAUUCAAAAUGUAUUAGGAUGGAUUAAAGUUGGGUUGAUAAUUUUCAUGAUCUUUGCCGGGCUCUUCGUGGUCAUCUUCCAGCCUGGUCGUACAGCAGCCGAUCCACGACAGUCGUUAACCUGGGAUGGAUUGUGGAAAGACUCCGACUGGAGCUGGGGAGUUGUCGCAACAUCUCUUUUCAAGGUGUUUUACUCAUACGCAGGUUUGAAUAACGCGAACAACGUCCUCAACGACGUCAAAGAUCCCGUCCGAACCUUAAAGUCUGUGUCUAUUUCCGCUCUGGUUACCGCUCUUAUUCUGUACACACUCGUUAAUAUUGCAUACUUCAUUGUUGUACCCUUGGACGAGAUCAAGGAAAGCGGCGAGCUCAUUGCAGCUCUUUUCUUUGAGCGCAGCUUUGGGCCGAACGUCGGCAAGAGGAUCUUACCCUUAGCGGUCGCCCUCUCUGCGGGUGGCAAUGUCAUGGUCGUGACGUAUGCAUUGGCUCGAUUAAACCAGGAGAUUGCCCGACAAGGCUUCCUCCCCUGGGCUGAGCUUUUAGCUUCCUCCAAGCCAUUCAACGCUCCGAUGGGAGGCUUGAUUGUACAUUACAUUCCUUCGUUUCUUGUCAUUGCGCUUCCCCCGUCAGGAGAUGUCUACUCUUUCAUCCUCGACGUCGAAGGAUAUCCGGGCCAGUUCUUUGCUCUCGCCACAUCGCUCGGUCUUAUAUGGCUGAGGUUUAGGAGGCCUGAUCUGAACCGUCCUUUCAAGGCUUGGCUUGGUGCUGUUCUUCUCAGAGUAGCGUUGAGCCUCGCUCUAAUAGCUGCGCCUUUCUUCCCGCCAAAAGAAAAGACGGGUGGUAUCUUCUAUGCUACUUACGCCAUUGUCGGCAUUGCUAUGUAA